AUGAGCACUCAGCAAGAUCCCUACCGAGCGCAUUAUGUUGGACGCGAAAUCCAGCUUUACGGAGCUCAACCUAGAUUUCAGGGGGAUACAUCUUACCUGUCGGAUUUCACUCCCCAUCCUAUCGAACCUCGGCCUCCUGUCGCUGAGCGGCAAUAUGCAGGCAAUCCCGCACCCUUCGAUGGCAACUCAUGCUACAAGCAAGACUACCGACAGCAUUCAAUAGAGCCGCGACCCCCUGCGACGGGGCCCCAGUGGCAGCCUAACCCUGCACCAUUUGAUGGCACGACGACCAAUCGGGAAAACUACCGAGGUCACCCCAUCGAGCCCAGGCCUGCCGUUUCGCCACGGCCGUACAAUCCCAACACAGCACCCUUUGAUGGCAACACGUCGUACAAGCAAGACUUCACGCAACAUCCCUUGGAGCGGCGGCAGCCGUACAACGCCGGGUCGUACCAACCGAACCCGGCACCCUUUGACGGCACCACCCACUACAAGGCGGAUUACAAGCCGCACCAAAUCGAACCCCGCGCACCGGCCCCUCCCACCGCGCCGUCGCUGCCUCCCAUGCGCCCCACGGCCUCUUUCGAUGGCUCUUCCACGUACAACCGCGACUACAAGGGCUGGAAGCUGCCACCCAGGCGCCCGGCGCUGGGGGUGCAGAUGAUGGGCGACCGAACCUACGUGCUCAUACCCUCGGAUGCGCCGCUACCCGCCACCGGCAAACAGAUAUUCACAACGGUUCACGACAACCAGACGGAAAUCUGUGUCCUGGUACUUAGGGGCGAUGCGACUGCUGCCAGCCGCAACAACGUCUUGGGCCAAUUCGACCUCAAGGGCCUGCCGCCGGGCCCCCGCGGCAACCCCCGCAUCGAGAUCACCCUCACUGUGGAUGCCAACAACGUGCUGUCCGCCACAGCCACAGACCUGGACGCCCAGCGACAUGAGCAGUGGCUCAGAGAGGGCUCCAUGGAGGCGCGAAAACACUCCACGGAUGUGACCAACGUGCUCUAG